AUGGCGGAGCGGCGGCAGCGGGCGCGGGUGCAGGGCGGCUGGGCCGGCGCCCCGGCGGGGCGGCCCUCAGCACCAAAGGCACCUGUGGCCAGCAGCCUUGCCCUUGCAGGUGCAAGGCCAGCAUGGAGACAGAAAGAUCAGCCUCACACUCAAAAGCAAUUUGUCUUUGAAAAGCCAUCAGAGGUGGAGCGCCGAGUUCCAGAGGCAGGUGUGAUAGACAAGCCUGGUGUGUAUGAGCUCAGCAAGGGACCCACUGGCAUUUCUAGGAUUCAUUUGAUUCCUGGCUUUAUUGACUCAGAACAGGCAGACUGGAUGUUUGAGCAGCUCCUCCAGGACAUCCCCUGGGGUCAGCGAACGCACGUCAGGCAGGAAGUAUCUUUUGAGGAACCACGGCUUACAUGCUGGUAUGGGGAACUUCCUUACACAUACUCCAGGAUAACAAUGCAGCCAAAUCCAAAUUGGCAUCCCGUGCUGAGCGCGCUGAAGGAGCGCAUCGAGGAGUUCACUGGCCACACCUUCAACUCUCUGCUCUGCAACCUGUACCGCAGUGAGAAGGACAGCGUGGACUGGCACAGUGACAGCGAGCCGUCGCUGGGGAGAAACCCUGUCAUUGCCUCACUCAGCCUGGGGGCCACUCGGACCUUUGAGAUGAGGAAAAAACCUUCCCCUGAAGAGGAUGGAGACUAUACUUAUGUGGAAAGAUUUAGAAUCCCACUUGAUCAUGGGACUCUGUUGGUGAUGGAGGGAGCCACCCAGGAGGAUUGGCAGCAUCGAGUGCCUAAGGAGUAUCAUUCUAGAGAUGAACGAAUAAACUUGACAUUUAGGAUCAUUUAUCCAGAACCUGAUGGAGUUUGGAAGUGAAGAGCCCCUUUGGACGUUGUUGGAUGUACACCCACAGCAGAUCUAGAGCCUUAGAUUGCUGCUGAUUCAAAGGAAACCUUACAGAAACAGAGUUCCUUGAAGUCAUGGGGAAAAGAGUUGAUAUUAUGAAGACCUUUGGCAAUCAGAAGCUGCCUGUGUUAUGUGGACAGAAAUGAUAUGUUAUUAGAUAAGACUAAAUCACAGACUUUAAGUUUUUGAGCAGUGAUUAUUCUUAAAAGAGCACAAAGCAGGUGAAAGAUGUGAGAGGUCCCAGCUGGAGCAGACAGAUUCAGUGAGCACAUAGUUUGCACCUUGUCUUGUCUCUCCUUUACUCCCAAGUUGUGAUCUCUGUUGAAAGUAAUGACAAGAUGGGAUUCUGUGAUGUAAAUCCACUUCUGUGUGUCUGUACAGAAAUGGGAAAGCUGCACUUGGGGAUGAUCUCUGGGUAUUAGCUCAUUUCACCAAAGGGUGGUGCACUGCUUUUCAUCUGUACAUUGCAGAGUCUUUUCCAGUUAAGCAACCAGUUUCAUAACUUAAAUAACUACUUGAAUUAUACUGGUGUCCAGUGGAACAGAGGGUCAAGGCUCUCUUCUGCCAUGCACUCUGUGGUCAGACUUUGUCCUAACUGUUUAUCCAUGUAGACAGGACAAGGCAAAGGCAAGCAACAGCGGCAUCUGACGACCCUGCUUCUGGGUCAGUGCAUUUUGCAUUCAAGAAUAUCACUCUUGAGCCUCUGUUAUCUCUUGGGCCUCUGCUGCCACAGAUCAGCAGUCAGCACCUCAGAGCAGAUGCCAGGCUGACUGCUGGAAUCCUUCAAGCUUGCCUGCUGCUGGGAAGCAAUGGGCUCGUCUCUGCAGUCUGGAUGUUAAGUCAGGAGUGCUGCCCAUGUGAUUAAGUUCUUUCUGCAGCUAAAUAGCAUCACUGUACAGGGUCAAAUUGUAAGGUUUGGUCCAUCUUCACUGCCUGCCUGCAGUAGGAUCUAAGCACAGGUGAAUCCUCUAUGCCUUGCAACACGUUAGCUUUGUUAAGCAAGCUAAUGUCCAUCUUCACUGUAAGGAUAAAUUGGUGUUGGGAAAAUAUCUGUAUUUUCUUAGCCAGCAUUUGUUGUGGUUUCAGUUCUUAUUUGGUGAGAGCAGUCAAGUUUAUUAAUCUUAGUUAUGCCUAUGUUUUAAUGUUAUUGAUGACAUAAAGGACAUAAAUGUUGAGCCAUUUCACUCCUGUGCUCUGAAAUUGGGCAGAAUAAUUUCCUAGAAACGCUUCUCUACCUAAACCACCAUACAUUAUUCUUCUAAAAUGAUUGAAUGUUACUAGAAAACUUAACUUCAUUAUCUAAUUAUGUCUUUACUUUCAUCCCAAUUUGUACGGAAAUAUUUUUGGAGUAUUUUAAUGUUGUUUUCUUAGAUUUGAAUCUUUUGUCUAGGCUCUGUGGUAUAUUUCAUGGGAAUCAGAGUUGAAGGAGGCAGACACUUUCAUAUUUACUUUCUUUGGGUCAUUGGAGCUUUGUGCACAUCCCUGCGUGUGUGUCCAGGUUUGGCAGUGCUGACAGAGUGAGUGUCCUUAACCAAGGGACAGUGCUAAUUUGUCAGGUACUCUGAGAAGGCAACACUUCUGCCCAUAUCAGUUCAUACAACUCCAUUUGUUUUCACUGUGUUAAGAGCAGCCAGGCUGCAAGAAAGAGUAGGAGAUGGGGAUGAGUUGGAAACUUUUAAACCCCCAAACCUGAGCUUGUGGAAAUUGCAACUCAUUUGAAUUCAGUGAAUCUGUGGCACAUAGCUAAUGGCAGGACCCUGGAGGCUGAUGCUGUUGUGGAAGAGCAGUUUUUCACCUCCUUUUCUUGGUUUCAGUUUGUCAUGUUAGCAAAUUUUGGUUUAGUUUCUUUACUUCCUUUGUUUUGGGAAAAGACCAAGUUUUCCUCUCCAGAAGUGAAGUAAUUUAUAGGAGAAAUGUUCUGUCCCCCAGUGCUCCUUUUGUUGCUGGAGACUGCUGCAUUCUGCUUUCUCUCACUUGUCAGCUUCACUGUAUCCAAUCUGUUUGACAGUGAGGAGAAGGCAUAUGGCACCCUUCCCCAGCCUGUCCUGUGUGUACUGGCUGCAAGGGGAGCACUUGGCCUAGGGGUCAAGUUUCUUUGUCAGCUGGGAGCUUGUGGUCCUUCCUUCUUUCCCCCACCUCUUGGCCCGAAAAGUCAGCUAGCACAAACUGCAGCCCCCUGCCUGCCAGGACAGCAGGAAUGGCUUUGGGCAGAGGAGAUUGCAGCCCAGAGCUCCUCAGGAGACCUUUCUGCAAGGACUUUCCUGUCAGUAGAAAUUUGUUCCUGAGUGCUGCAGGCCCUCCUGCUGAGUUCUCAAAAUGGGUGUUCACAAAAGUGAGAUUUGAGAGUUCUUGAGCUGGUGCUGUUCCCUUGGCACCUAAAGAUUUUUCACUGGAGACCAGGGCAACGUGCAUGUUUCUUGCACUGCUGUUCAGCUGUUUCUGCUGUUGCAGUCAAGUGCAAAGGGCAGCAUCUUCAGGAUGGUAAAUAUGCAGUUAGGUUCCCUUCUUUAACUUAAAGAUAGGUGGAGGAACCUUUCCCCUAGUUACAUGGGUUUGAAAACAGUGCUGCUAAAAAUGUCAUCCAAAAGAAUUACUUUCCAGUUUAAAAGCUUGCUUUCUUCCUUCUCAGGACUGUUGUGAGAUUCUCAGCCAGAAACUUUUUGAAAAAUAAUUUAAACUCAGAGUACACUAAAGUAAAAUAUACUUUUUAUGUGUUUACAGAGGAUUUUGUUUUUGUGAUUGGCACCAGAUUGUGUCCAUCUGAGGGGCUGCAGCAGCUCCUGUGAGCUGCUUUGCUUACAGAACACCUCUCUGUCACUAUUUUUAUGUGGAGGAUAUAAACUGUGAGUUUACUUUUUUCCUUUUCUUGAAAAUACAGAAUGGGUUUGGGUUGGAAGGGUCCUUGAAGAUUUCAGCAGAGUAUGUGUCUCUUUCAAAAAAUGCUUAAAAAUUGCAUUCUUCACAAUUGUUUGUCUUUGGCUUUCAAACAGGUGGAAUCUACUAGUAACCCCAGGUAAGAUUCCCUUUUCCAAAACAGCCAUCACCUUCUCCAAAGUUUAAUAGCCCUCAGAUUUGAUGAUAAGGAGCAGAUGAAUGGAAUCUGUCUUGGGUAAGUAGCCUGCCUUCCUCAGGGAGCAAGUAGGAUGGAGCUGUUCUGAAAAAAAAAACACAACUGGGUUCAAAUGUAACCAUUCAUUUAUUUAGCAGCUCUAUAAGCAAUGACAUUAUUAAUUAACCACACUGGUGUCAGGCAUCACUCUGUCCCCAUGCUACGUGUAAUCAUACUUAAAUAUUCAAGCACAAACUCUUGGUGAAGUUGGAGUAUAUCUGAUUCAAUACUGCACUUCUGGGCCACAGUGGGUUGAUCUGAGCACCAUUUGAAAUCAAUAGCAAAGCCCUGUCACUUCUCUCCUCUUGGUUUUGGGGCUUUUUUUUUUGUUUGUUUUGUUGGGUUUUGUUUUGUGGUUUUGGUUUUUGGGGGUUUUUUUGUGAAAAAGAACUCUAGGUUAUUCAGUUUUGAUUAACUUUAAAGCCAUAGGUAAUUUGAUAAUUUUACUUCAUCUGUGUCAGAUUAAUUCUACCUGUGUCUUUUCUGAUUGCCAUGACUUACGGGGUUAGUAUAGCUACGCAUAGUAAUUUAUAGCUACAAAUGGUAAUUUAUAGCUACAAUGGUAAUAGAGAAGGAGACAGGGUGCCAGGAAGGGUUAAGAAGUCAGAAUUUUCAUAAUGUAGUGUUGAAAAGACACAGAGGACUGUUCUCCUGGGGUUUGGGAUAAAGGAUGCAUGUAUGAUGGGUGCUGUGAAUCCAUAAUGCCUCCUCCUCAAGUGCUGCUGCUAUUGCCUUAGCUCAAAAGCAUUUAACACCCACUUUGCCUAUUCUGGUCAUAAACCUUUUCAGAAUGGAUAGGAAAUCUGCCUCACUAUGGUUUGUUUUCAAAGUGCUUCUUUUCCAUCCUUGAGGUUUCCAUAGCAACCUGGAUAAUUUGUUUGAAUUGGAGCAUCCUGGCCUGUCCUGUCUGCACCUAAGUUCUGCUGAGAUCUUGCAGGUAUCAUCUCAACCCACUGGGGAGUGCCUGGUGAUGGCUGGCCAUGAGAGCACUGGCCCUUCCCCAUGAGUCACCACUCAUCAGGGUGACAGAUGUGUGCUUUCUGCCCUGUGUUCCAGUUUGAUUUACCUCCUCCUGCUGUGUGGUGUUCAGAGGAGCUUUGUGGAGUUAUUGCAGCUCCCUUGUAGCUGGCAGGUCCUUGGUGGCUCACGCUGGGAAAGCACCUCUCGAGGGAGCUGGGAGGCCUUGUUUUAAGUGAAGGCAGUGGGGACUGUAUUGAAGAAUUUAAAUCAGAAUAAGGAGCAAGGAGGUCUGUUCCAUGGUCCCCAUUGUUUGUUUGAUUCAGGUUUCCCAGCAGAAACAAAAAUUUUGUUCUGUUCACUCAGGAGAUUUUGCUGGUUGAGUGAGACUUAGAGCAAAGUCUUCACAUCUCACAGGAUCCUCCUGACAGACAGUGCUCACUGGAUCCAGAAUGAAAGUUGUUUCCAUCUAAACUUGGGUGUGCAGCUGCUUUGCUGGGUGUUGUUUGUUCUGUUGCUCUGCUCCCAUUGCAGAGGCAAUGCACAGAUCCAUGCUCAAGAGUGGGUUGACAUUACAGCUGAUCUCUGAAAUGCCAGUGCCAGCCCUCUGCCCCUGUGUUUCCAGAAAUGCCUUGUGCCAAGGCAAGCUGCCAUGCAUCUGGAAGAACAUAUGGACUAGAAAGAGCCUCAGUGUUGGAUGGGAUGGGAUUUGUAGCUGUGACUUAGCACAGACUUAUCAUUGGGUUCUCAUCAUUAUUAGGGAGGGCUGUGGGAAGGCUUGUCCUGAAAGCUUCUGAUGCGGAGAGCAAGAGAUAAAGCAGGAGUGAGCAGAGACAUGAGUUGCCAGAGGGUGUAUGGCCCAGAUGUACAACCCACACUUCCUGGCUGGUUUGUCAGGAUGCAGAAUCUACAUGGUUCCCAGUUUCUGUUCCCCACCUCCUGCUUUUUGGGGGCAGAUGUGUGUGAAGGAGACAGUCUGGCCAACUGGCAUGGCAUGCCUUUGGCUUGAGACACCUGCGGCAGCUUGGAGAGGAGAGUGCAGGAAGGUGAAGGCUCCCCAGUUUUUUGAGACAAGCAAGGGCAAGUGGUGGAAGAGGGAUUAAAAAUUGCCUGAUGGUGUUUUCUGUUGGGAAGCAGUGGGAGGGAGAGGGUGGAGAAGUGGUGGUCACAUCAGUGAGACAGUGUGUGACAAACUGUACAUAAUGCAAAAUUUGCCAAUAGCUGCACUUUCAGAGCACUGAUGGAGCCAUGACAGCUCAUGGCAGAGAAGAGAUUGUUACCCUGGAAUAAGCUGACAGGCCAGCCUGAGGAAAUCCUCCCAGGCCUCAGGUCAAGGAAUGAGUGAGUGAACCAGGGCAGGGUAGACAGGACACAGCAUCAUCUUGGUGCUGCAGCAGCCAUGGGUGAAAAAGAAUGUCCUGAGCAUUGGCUGCUCCUCUGUAACACCUCUGUAUUUUGCACUAAACAUUUUUUCCUGGUGACCUUG